GAGAGAGAGGAUUGGAGGUCCCUAUGGGCUUCAUAGGAAUCUGUCGGCUGACUCUCACAAAAUCAAUACCCUGCAACACGCUACAGGCCUCCAUCUUUUUAUGAUUUGGUUUGGAUCUAUAUGCUGUGAUGAGACGCUAGCUGUGUUUCAUUCACAGCACCAUAGUCCCAAUUAUUGUUCUCAGAAACUGCCAUAUGUUCACAUUUUGUGGUCCAUACUACAGUGGGUUCUGAUAUAUUCAUUAAUUGUUUUCCCUGGGCUUGUAUAUAUUGGAAGAGCAGAUGGGAGUAUGACCCUGCAGAAAUCAGAAAUCUAGGGAAAAAUAUAAACUAAUUAGACCCGAGAACAGGAGAGGUUGCUGAUCAAAAUGGAAGAAAACAGCUCUGGUGCGGGAACCCAAAAGGGAGAGAACUCUUUCAUACUGGGAAGAAGUCAGGCAGGUAAUUCUACGCAGAAUUCACUGGGAGGAGCUGAAACGGUGAGUCAGUCUGAGGCGUCCGAGAUGAGCUACGCCAGCGACACGAAGCAGCUAGUGGAACUAGAGCGUAGGGACAGCGUACUGCGCGGCGGUAUUCCUAUGACGGCAUUUAACUUCAUCAACUCCAUCAUAGGAUCAGGGAUUAUUGGUAUACCUUUUGCCCUAAAACAAGCUGGAUUUGGAAUGGGAAUUUUUCUGCUGAUUUUCACCGCAGUAGUUAAUGACUAUUCAAUCAUUCUCCUUGUGGAGGCAGGGAAAUUAUCAAACACAGAUAGCUACCAAGAUAUGAUAAUGGUGGCCUGUGGGCGGCCCGGGUUUUAUCUUUUGACACUGUUACAGUUCCUGUAUCCCCUUAUAGCCAUGAUAAGUUACAAUGUCAUCAUAGGAGACACGAUCACAAAGAUUAUUGUCAGGAUUGGCAAAACAGCUAAUCUCGGUGGGACUGUGUUAGGUAACAGACAGUUCAUCAUAUUCCUGUCCACGCUAAUGGUCACACUGCCUUUAUCGCUGUACAGGAAUAUAGCCCAGCUCAGUAAGUGGGCCUUCCUCUCCAUCAUCUUUGUCUUCUUUAUAUUGGUCACAAUUUGUAUAAGGACAGGAGAAUAUGUCAAAGAAAUACCACCUACAGAAGAUGCCUGGUAUGUGGCUAAUUAUAAUAUAGCCCAAGCUGUUGGUAUUAUGGCUUUUGCAUACAUGUGUCACCACAACACUUUCCUGAUUCAUGGGUCUCUGGAGAACCCCACCCACCAGCGCUGGAGUCUGGUCACCCACCUCAGCAUUGGAUUCUCCAUGACCCUCAUGCUGAUCCUCGGAAUUCUGGGAUACGUAUCCUUUACUGGACAUACACAGGGUGACCUGUUAGAAAACUAUUGCCAUGACGAUGACCUGAUGAAUGUCUCUAGAUUUGUCUUUGCUCUCAGCAUCAUGCUGACCUACCCAAUAGAAUGCUUUGUCACAAGAGAGGUCAUAGAAAAUGCAUUUUUCCCUUCCCAAGAUCCCUCACCAACAUGGCGGCAUCUUGGCGUCACUAUAGGUGUUGUCAUUCUAACUGUUGUUAUAUCCUUGACAACAGAUUGUCUAGGCAUUGUGCUAACCUUUAAUGGUGUUCUGAUUGCUUCACCUUUGGCUUUCAUCAUCCCUCCAGUCUGUGUUAUGAAAUUGCGACAGGAGCCCAUUCUCUCCAAGACCAAUAUUAUUCCCAUUAUCAUUGCUGUGUUCGGAACUCUUGUAAUGGUUUUUGGUACUGUAGUGGCUCUUGUCGAUCUCUCCGAGGGGUUUUCUUGUAGUCAUGGUAAUGAGAUGCCCUACUGUAAGAAUGACCAGCCCUCGGCCAAUGGAACUACUGCUUUUCCUUUCUCCACAGCAACACUUGGUACUACACCUUUUGGCUGAAAUAGGAGUUAAUCUGCUGAAAGAAUGAAUUCCAUUGGAUAAAUAGCUUUUCCAGUGUUAGUAAUCACUAAUAUGAGAGAGAGAGAGAGAGAGAGAGAGAGAGAGAAAUGAUUUAUAUGACUAAUUUUGUGAAUUAACAGUUAAGUAGGAAUGGUUAAAAUUGUUUGUGUAAACCGAAGUCUAAAAACAUGAAAAUUUAUGACUGUGAGCAUGUUUUGGUUGUGAUUGUUUAACAACCACUGCUUCUUAAAAAAUGCUAUUGCAUAAAUGUUCAAUGAAAUUAACAUUUAAAAUUCAAAGUCAAAAUGAAAACUUACAUCAGUCUUUAGAAUAGAUUUUCCCUAAUCCCUGUGAUGUUUUAGUUACAAUAAAAUAUAAAGUUAUAAAUAACACUAUUUGAAAUAAAAUGGUUAAUCAGUAUUUAAAGUAAAGUGGUACGUAGGGAUGUUUGCUGAUUUAAGGUACAUUGCUCAUUCUGAUCAACAACACAUAGAUCUCUCUUUGAUAAACUACAGUUAAACUUCGAUAUCUCGAACACUAAUAUCUCGAAUACAAUGGAUAUGUCGAAGUGAUUUGUAAGUCCAAACCACUUAAUAUUUUUUUAGUAUUUCACCCUCGAUAUCUCGAAUACUCGGAUACUUCGAACUAAUUAAAUAGUCCCAUCUAGUUCGAGAUAACGAAGUUUGACUAUACUUUUAUUCUAAUAUAAAACAAGUUUGUAAAGAUAUAUUUUACAAAUUACUGAUUUUGCAUGUAUUUAACGUUUUGAAUUUAGAUUCAUUUUCACUGAAACUGACUGUUAUAUAAAUAAAAGGGUUGGAAUUAAUGAACCAUAAUAUUUUAAAGAAAAACAUGCAAUCAGCAUAUUGAAUAUCAACCAUCCAGGGCAAUCACAAACGGUGGUGAAUGUUUGAAGUACAGGAAGAUUAUUGUAUUUGAUAUCUGUCUCUGUGUUAUAUGUUUCAAUGAUAUUUUUAUAUGUGGUGGUGUUCAAUUAUCAUUUAAUUUUUUAUAAUCAGUGUACUUGUAGAUCUGACUUCAUAUAUUUAUUUAUGACAGGGUUCAUAUAUUUUAAGUUUAUGAAUGUAUUAAGUGUAAGUUUAGUUACAAUCAUAGAGGACUAUAUAUGAUAUGGGCCUAAAAUGCCCCCCCCCCCCCCCCGUAAAAUCAACAUCAUCAUCUUACUAAUUCUUUGCUUUCUUUGUACAAAUAUAUAUACGUGAUAUUUUUUUCAUAAUUUCAUUUUGAUUCAAGGGCCCACAAUUUAGAAUUAUGACAUCGUAAAGAUAACCUUUUCCUGCCUUUUUUGCAUUUGUAGCAUAAAAUGGCUUGUUUUUAAGCAGAUUUUCUUCAGAAAACGUAGAGCGCAUGCUUGAACAAACAAAAUAAUUUAAUCAGAGAUGUUUCUAGCUAAGACUAAUAUGUGUCAAAAAAAAAUUCCCUGUUCAAAGCGUCGCUCUUAAUUUCCCAUUCAUAAAAAGAAAAGAAAAAUGUCAAUUUUUGACUGAUUUUGAUUGAAUUAUAAAAAUAGCGUCACUUUUGACGUCCUAUACUGCAAGUGAGUGCAAAUGAAUCUAAUGAAUAGGUGAAAAAUAUAUUUUAUUACAACUCUUCUAAAAAAUAACAUAAUUUAUUGUACCCGAAACACUUACAAAAAUGGCGAAUUUUUUAGGCCAAAUUUGACUCAUAUCAUGUAUAGUUCUUUGCUUUGUUAUGUUUUUAGGAAUCUGUUAACCUAAGGGCUCAUGAUUGCUCUGACCAGAAUUUUUGUUUUUGUCGUUGACCAUUGUUGUUAACCUAUUAUUUUUUUUUACCUUCUUUCCUGGAACCACUUGGCCGAUUAAAUUUAAAAUAUACGAAUGAAUACAAAAUUAAAUUCCUAACAUUUUAGCUUUCUCGGUUGAUUUAAUUUCAUUUUAGAUUGUUCAUCUGCACAUGCCCUCUGAGGAGUAAAAUUGUAAACUAGGGACAGAUACAAAAGAAUCCCUUGAUGUUGACAUUGCAUUGAAAACCAAGGAAGCAAAUUUUAUUUUGAAAAAAAGUAAGAAGGCACUGAUUGACUUUCGUCGGAUUUUGUCUUCAAAUUUCAAGUUUUUGUUGAAUAUUUACAUUUGGUUCUGUAAUUGUUAUUUGGUGACUUAUCAAAACUAGAUACUGCUUUAUUGUUCGUUGUUCAUUACAAGUAUACGUGUAGAUCUGAUGAGCGAUGAAACCCAUUGACUUUUUGUUUCUUUUCCAACCACGGUGUUUAUUAUGUUUGUAUAUUGAUUUUUUUUUAUUAUUAUUAACUUUAAAGUUUAUAUAUGUGAUAAUGAAUUUUGCAAAAAAAUUAUCUAUUUAAUGUUUAAUAUAUACAUACAUUUAUCAAGAAAAUUGUAUACAAUAUGUUUUAUUUUUUCUGUUAGAAAUAAUAGCUUGACGCUUAGAUACUUGGACAUUAUUGAUUUUUUUUUCAAUCUUUUUCUAAACAUUUUCAUCUUGACCUUUUUGUCAACGAUCAUAUUUUCUUUGUUCUACGUCUGUUAUCAUAUGUUAUAUUUAUUUAUGAAAAGAUUAAAUCUACAGUAUUUCAUUUAAA